AAUAAACCGGACGACAACAUGGCGGUGUCGUCGACCAAGCAGCUGCCCGUCGCCCUGGAAUACAUCCAGUAUGAGCACCGGCUUGAGAGCCAGUAUCUGCCAGCCAUCCGGGCGCUCAUCUCAAAGGACCUGAGCGAGCCUUACAGCAUCUACGUCUACCGGUACUUUCUCUGCCAGUGGUCUCACCUUUGCUUCAUGGCCCUGGACCCCAAGGACUCGUCCCUCAUCGGCGUCAUUGUCUGCAAGCUCGAGGUCCACUCGUCUCACUCGCCCCCAACGCGGCGAGGCUACAUCGCCAUGCUGGCCGUGGCUUCGCACUUCCGCGGCCGGGGGGUGGCCACCGCGCUGGUGAAGAAGGCCAUCGAGGCCAUGGCGAGUCGGAAUGCCGAUGAGGUGGUGCUGGAGACGGAGGAGACGAACACGCCGGCCAUGAAGCUGUAUGAGGGGCUCGGCUUCAUUCGCUCCAAGAAGCUGCAUCGAUACUAUCUCAACGGAAACAGCGCAUACCGACUCAUCCUCCUGCUCAAGGCCGUCGACCCGGAUCACGACCCAAAUUACGAUGAGCAGUGAGCCCAUUUCUGUUUCAACGUCGAAUGGGGAUGGCUUUUUGAAUGUCUACUGCAAGUCCACCGAGCAUAGAGAGAGGCUUGUAUUUUGGGGAUACAUCGGAUUGUGGCGGUAGAGAUGCGUGCUUGGGAUGGUGUGGCAUGGCGGUGUUGGCAACUUUGACAUGAGUGUUGGGUCAUGCGAGACUGGCGUUUAGCAUAUCAUUGCGUCUCUGUUUUUUUUUUUAUCUGUCCUAGCAUGCA